GUUUCCACAGCUCUCGGUCUCCUACUAGGAAGAAGCGAGUAGUGAGAAACAAAAUCUUCUCUUUUCAGCUACUCUAAGUUUACAAGGCAAGGUGUGAGUGCUGACACUGGAGCUAGAACUCAAGACAUUGAGCUCGCACUUGGUUUUCUCAUUCAAGGCUACUUGGGUAUAUCUCGACUUCUGUGAAUAGAUUUUGAGCCUCUGUUGGAAGAAAUUGUGAUGGGCUUGGGCCCCUUGUUGUUGGUCUUCUUACUGGGUCUGUGUGUGACCCCACUGACCCUGACUCAGGAUGACUCCAGGUUCAAAGCCUUCCUCACCAAGCACCAUGAUGCCAGUCCAAAGGGCAGGAAUGACAGAUACUGUGAACGCAUGAUGAAGAGACGAGGCCUCACCUCUCCCUGCAAAGACACCAACACUUUCAUUCAUGGCAUCAAAGACCACAUCAAGGCCAUCUGUGGAGAUAAUGGAAACCCUCAUGGAGGAAAUUUACGAAUUAGCACAUCUCCUUUCCAAGUCACCACUUGCAAGCAUAGAGGAGGGUCCUCCCGGCCUCCCUGCCGGUACCGAGCCACAGCAGGAUUCAGACACAUUGUAAUUGCCUGUGAAAAUGGCUUACCUGUCCACUUUGAUGAGUCCUUUUUCAUCCGUAGCUAGAAGGCCACUGGCCAUAGCUAGCUGUGCUGUUCUUUCUUUGUCUUCCUUCUACACACCCCAGAACACUGGUGGUAACAUUCAGUGCCAGGCCUCUAGAAAAUGAGUUACCUGAAUCCCUUGUUUUCUGUUUUACAAAGUAUGUUCAGUAAAUAAAAAU